GGAAGAUCGGUAUUGGAGGCUCAGCCCUCUUGUUUCCAGAGGGCUCUCCUGGUGUGCAGAUGGCAUCAGAGGUUACACAUUCUGUGGAGAUCCUCACAGGACAUCCCUCCAUUGUGCCCUCAGAGACAGACCGGAGCCGGGGCUGGAGCGCAGCGCGGAAAGGAGAGCAGACCUCAGUGGUGACUGGCCAGACCGGGACAGGGAGCGGGCAAUCAGAAGUGUCUCUGUGAAGUUUGAGUCCACGUUGAAUUAAACCGCGACAGAGAUGACAGGGGGCUGCCCGUGGACGACUGGACUGCUUGUUCUCGCAGUUUGUGUAAAGGUUGCUGUAUUGAACAACAAUGGGGAUGCAGUUUUCAUCAGGGAAUUCACUCUAAUUCGUCGAGACCACCUUCCAGAGGAGCCUCUUCAUGAUGGCAGCCAGAAACCAGAAGACCCUAGCUCGCGGACGGCUCGGUCAGAGGAGGACAGAGACACUCUGUGGGACGCCUGGGGCUCAUGGAGUGAAUGCUCUCGAACCUGUGGAGGAGGCGCUUCGUACUCCCUCAGACGCUGCCUCAGUUCCAAGACCUGUGAAGGCCAGAACAUCAAGUAUCGCACAUGCAGCAAUGUGGACUGCCCUCCAGAUGCCGGUGAUUUCCGUGCCCAGCAGUGUUCAGCUCAUGCAGACGUGCGAUACCAGGGUCAAUUCCAUGAAUGGCUGCCUGUGUACAAUGACCCGGAUAACCCCUGUGCUCUUAAAUGCAAAGCCAAGGACUCGGGCCUGCUGGUGGAGCUGGCGCCCAAGGUGCUGGAUGGGACUCGCUGUUACACGGAGUCCUUGGACAUGUGCAUCAGUGGAGCCUGCCAGAUUGUAGGCUGUGAUCAUGAGCUGGGGAGCACAGUGAAGGAGGACAACUGCGGUGUCUGCAACGGAGACGGCUCAUCCUGCAGACUAGUGCGUGGGCACUACAAAUCCCAGCAUGCUUCUGGAAAAACUGAGGACACAGUCGUUGUCAUCCCUUACAAGAGUCGUCAUGUACGUCUAGUCCUGAAAGGCCCGGAUCACUUGUAUGUGGAGAGUAAGACUCUACAAGGGGUCAAAGAUGAACUUGUCCUGGAGAAAACCGGGCAGUACCACCUGGAGAACACCACCCUGGACUUCCAGAAACUGUCAGAUAAGGAAGUCCUGAGAAUCACGGGUCCACUAGGAGCCGACUUCACAGUCAAAGUGCAGUUUGCUAGUGGAGCAGACAGCGUGGUUCAAUACAUCUACUACCAGCCUAUUAUCCACCGCUGGAGAGAGACUGACUUCUUCCCAUGUUCUGUCACUUGCGGUGGAGGGUAUCAGCUAACCUCAGCAGAGUGUUUUGACCUUCGAAGCAGACGUGUUGUUGUGGAUCAGUAUUGCCAUUAUUACCCAGAGAACGUAAAGCCGAAACCCAAACUCCAGGAGUGUAACAUGGAGCCCUGUUUGGCAAGUGACGGCUACAAGCAAAUCAUGCCAUAUGACCUCUACCACCCCCUGCCUCGAUGGGAGAGUAGCCCCUGGACCGCCUGUUCCACUUCCUGUGGCGGAGGUAUCCAGAGCCGUUCAGUGUCCUGUGUGGAGGAGGACAUGCAGGGAACCAUUACUGUCACAGAAGAGUGGAAGUGUCUCUACUCUCCCAAGACUGCCAUCCUGCAGCCCUGCAACACCUUUGACUGCCCCACCUGGCUGGCACAGGAGUGGUCACCAUGCACCGUGACCUGUGGUCAGGGUCUGCGAUACAGGGUGGUGUUGUGCAUCGAUCACAGAGGCCUCCAUGCUGGAGGUUGUAACCCCACUACCAAACCUCACAUCAAGGAGGAGUGCCUGGUGACUGUGCCCUGUUACAAGUCCAUAGAUACGCUUCCAGUUGAGGCCAAACCUGUGUGGCAUAAGCAGGCCAUAGAGCUGGAAGAGGAGACCACCGUAUCUGAGGAACCAACCUUCAUUCCUGGUCCUUGGCAGCCCUGCAGCAGGACAUGUGGCGCCGGGACCCAGCAACGGAGUGUCAAGUGCCAAGUGCUGCUGUCCUUCUCCCAGACUGUGGCUGACCUGCCCGACGACGAAUGUGAAGGAGUCAAACCUGCUAGGAGUCAGCCCUGCUAUCGUACUCCCUGUUCUGGUGUUUCAGGCAAAGGACAGGAAGUUGAAAAGGAGAGGGAGGAGAAGGAGGAAGAGGAGGAGGAGGAGGAGGGGGAGACACCUGGAAGAGAAGAACUCCAUGACUGGGAAUAUGAGGGAUUUACUGAGUGCUCAGAGAGCUGCGGAGGAGGUGUCCAGGAGGCUGUGGUCAUCUGCCUGAACAAGCAGACCAGAGAGACAGCAGACCAGAGCCUGUGUGUGAGCUCCCGACGUCCCCCGCAACUUCUCCAGGACUGCAAAACUCAGCCCUGCCCACCCAGGUGGGAUACUGCAGAGUGGAGUUCAUGCUCUGCUACCUGUGGGGUUGGCCUGAUGACCCGUUCUGUGGCGUGCUCUCAUAAACCCACUCGAGAUAGCAAUCGAACUGAAGUUUUGAAGGAUGAAGACUGUCAGAACCCAAAGCCGAGUCCUGUCCAGGCCUGCAACCGCUUUGACUGUCCUCCUAUGUGGGACACACGUGACUGGGGACAGUGCUCCCAAAGCUGUGGUGGUGGAGUUCAAAGAAGGCAGGUCCUGUGCAAACAGCGGUUGGCAGAUGGCAGCAUCCUGGAGCUGCCUGACACCUUCUGCCCUUCCAAGAGCCCCGCAAACCAGCAACCCUGUGCCAAGAAGGAGUGUCCUAUCCAGUGGGUCACAACUAAUUGGUCCCAGUGUUCAGUGUCCUGUGGAAAUGGCGUCCAGAGACUACAAGCAGUCUGCAAAAAGCAAAAGGAAGAUGGGGCCCAUUGGACUGUUGACCCUAAAAACUGUUCCAUGAUGGCCCGUCCCACCAAAAUCCGCCAAUGCUCCCUCAGGCUCUGUGAGAACUCUGUCAAGCCUGUUCCAACCAUACUGGCUCAGAACAAGGUGUAUGUCCAGUGGAGGAAGGGCAAAAAGUUACACCUAGUCGUUGGAGGAUAUGCUUACCUGCUCCCCUGGACAACUGUGGUCCUUCGCUGCCCAACUCGCAAUUUCCGCAGAGGUCACACCCGAUGGCUGAAGGAAGGAAAGCCCUUGGUCGGCUUCCCACACCUCUCAAUCACAUCGCAAGGGUACAUGAAGAUUCAGCAAGUCCGUGCAUCUGAUGCUGGGGUAUAUACAUGUGUUGCAGGUCAGGCACAUGAACAUUUUGUGCUACAGAUCAUUGGCAGCAAGAAGAAGCUGUCUGUUCCUGAAGUGUGGCACCUCGCAGGUAGACAAAAAAUUGGGCAGCUAGAUGUACCUUUACCAGGCGAUAGAUUUAAGGAGCUGUCCACCCCCCUCAACAAAUACGACAACAUCAUUGAGCAUUUGCUUAAGCUCAAAGACAACCCCCCAGAUGAAAAAGACAUUGCUGAAAAAGUAAUCUCAAGUGAGAAGAACAGGUCCACCCAGGAGGAUGAGAGAGUAAACUCAGAACUUCCAAGCCAUAUUCUACUUAUUGCAGAUCCCCAAAGGCUAGAUGAGAUCAUGAACAACCUCCCUGAAGGCCUCGGAGGACCAUGGGGGGAAAAACCUAUCACACAGCUGCUCACAGAGCUCACCAAGACUCAAGUUGAAACCAACGAAUCCACUCUUCAUCCUCCAGAAACGUCAGAAUCUUCCACACAGCAGCCCAUCCUUUACAAACCUAACAUCAAAGCCCAGGCGUCCAGGCCGAGGAGCCCGGUGAUAAUCCAACGACUGAGGAAGGUCGGAGUGAUGCCGUCAUCUGGCAUGAUUGUUUAUGUGGGAGUGCCAGUUUUGCUGCAGAAACCUAUUGCUAGUUUGGAGCUCAGGUGUGAGGCACUUGGGAACCCUGAACCAUCCCUAAAAUGGUCAAGGGAUGGAAAAGAGUUGCAGUACAACAACAGAGUAGGCCUGUUGCCCACUGGCUCACUGAGGAUCCAGUCCCCAACUAAGGGAGACGAGGGCCUGUACACCUGCACUGCUAGGAACCGACUUGGAUCAACUUCUCUCUCGUCCUGGUUGCAGAUAGCAGGUGGCAAAGGAAAAAACUGUGUCCAAGGUAACACUAUGGGAGUGAGUGGCCGUAUUUGCUCUGACAGAAGUAACAGCAGCCAGUCAGCUGAGCUGUGCCGUGGACAAGCCUGCCCCCUCAGGUGGCGAGUGGAUCCUUGGUCACCCUGCUCAGCCAGCUGUGGAGGUGGCUCUCAGACCAGGAGUGUUCGCUGCAUGAAGGGUCCGGAGGGACGAUCAAGAGAGUUGGAGAGCCAGCACUGCCUCGUCACAGGGAGGAAGCCGUCUGACACCAGGGCAUGCAACCUGCAGCUAUGUGCUAGAUGGGCCACAACCAACUGGGGACUGUGCCAUGGUCAAUGUGUUGGACCCAGUUUGGCCACUCAGCACCGCCAUGUUUUCUGUCUGGACACAAACACUACAAAAGUCUCUUACAGGAUGUGCAGCGGACUCAAGAGGCCCAGCACCAUGAAGAACUGCUCCACAGAAGCCUGUGCCCUUUAUUGGCGUGUGGGCCAGUGGACGCAGUGCACCACCACCUGUGGACGGCAUGGUUUCCAGUCACGUCAGGUGACCUGUGUGCACCGCCGCACUGGGAAAGCUACACGGGAACACCACUGCAUGUGGAGGCCUCGCCCUGCCAGCUGGCAGCGGUGUAAUAUUUUGUCCUGUGGCAGAGCAGGCGAGUGUCGAGACAGCACGAGGUACUGCGAGAAAGUUCGACAGCUGGAGCUUUGUUCUCUGCCACAGUUUAAGACCCGCUGCUGUCACUCCUGCAGCAACACCUGAGACGAGGGGGGGGGGAUGUGAAAUGAGGGCCUAUGACGACCAGAACAGGCCGGGGGGAGAAGCUCAAACAGGGAACCUCUACGCCCCGUCCUAUACUCACAACUGUCCGUGUGAUCAGCCUUUGACUGGGGAUCCUGAAUGGCGGGGGGAACAUUCGGAUAGCUCCACCAUGAGUGGGUGUUAUCUACUCUUCUUAAAGAUAUCAUUUGUGGUAUCUCAGGUAUCAAAAGUAUUGAGAGGAGUGAUGUAAAUUUUACUUCUUCCCACAGCUUUCCUCAAUCAUACAUAAGUAAGUAAUAGAAACUUGUCGUGACUGUUGGGUUUCUCAGAGGGAGACUUAUCUAAAAGCACCGGUAUCAAACUGCAGCUUUAAUGGUAUCUAUAGGAGUUUCAGGGUUGUGGUUGUUUCAGUGCUCCAUCACCAUGUUCUACUGUACACCAUCACUUCAUGUCCAGAACAGUGUGCAACAUGCCGUUGACUUUGCAGUACACCAGUGUGUAAGUAAUGAACUUUCCUUUUAAUUGAUUGGCUCUGUACCGAGGAAUUCUGGGUAGGCCCUGGCUUCUUAAUAACCACUGGAUAGUUGUGUGUUCCGUAAUUUCAAUGGUCUAAAAAUGUAGCCUUUGAUACAUAUCACAGAGGAGACAGUUAUUAAUGACAGCAAAUAUUUAGUAUCAGCCACUGAAGAAAUAUAUCACAAACUUUGCUUUCCUUUUGGGUCAUUCAGAAAAUGUUGAAGGUGACAUAUUAUGCUCUUUUUCAUCAAAAUAUAUUAGUCUAAGAGGUCCCCAAAACAUGUCUUUAAAGUUUAUUGCUCAAAAAAACACUUUGAAAUCAGAUUUUGGCAUGCCUGUAAACCCCUCUUUUUCAGCCCUGCUCAGAACAGGCUGUUUUCCAUGUCUGUGCCGUUAAAUGAGAAUGAGCUCUCUGACCACGCCCCCUCCGGAAAUGGAUGUGGCCUCGGCUGUCCAGCACGUUGAUCUAAUGUUCACAUGUUGGCUGAAUAUACACGGCUGCUCACAGACCUGCGCUACUUCAACCCUCUGAAUUUGAUCCAGAAUCUGAUCCUGACGGAAAGGCGCCUGCAGCAGGACCUUUCUGAACGAUUGGUCACAGAUUUUGUGUUUCUUAUUGUUUUAUUUGUCAGUAUGUCGACGUGUGUCUUGGUACACAGCGACGAACAUGUAGCUAUGUGGCUAUGCUAACUAGCGCUAGCACUUUCCAUGAUAAAUAAAAAUCAUCAUCAUAAAAACUGAAAACUGAAACGGCUCGUUUCAGCACACAUUUACAGAAAGGUGGAGAAAUCAAAACAGGGGCAGAAUGGAUUUUUUUCAUUUUCCGGGUUUUUUUAGACAUGCCAGGGAAACAUAUUUCAGGUAGAGAACCAAUGAAAAGUCGAUUUUGCAUGAAAUGUCACCUUUAAUCAAGUUAUUUAAAGCUCCAGUGAGGAGUUUUAAGAUGGUUACAAAACACAUUAAAAUUAAUAUUUAUGCCUCUCAAUGACCCACAAAGGCGAACAAGACCUUCAGUUGAAGAUUGAUCAUUUCUAUACAGUUAGUUUAAAGUUUGAAAUUGUUGGUGGGGGUAGGAUGCCAGUCGUAGUGAUGAGCUGCAUGCUGCCAAAACAGCCUUUUUGUACAUUUCCCACUGCAGAGAUUUCCAACAUGUAAAACAUUUGAGUGUUAAAAUACAGCAAGGUGAGAUUUAAAAAAGUAUUAAUAUGAGUACAUGUGCAGGAUUAAAUCAGCCAAUUUGUCCACAGGGGGCACCAAAACCAACACAAACCCACAGUUCUUCACAGGAGCUUUAAAAAGAGAAGCAGGUGUUUAAAGUGUAUUUUAACAGAAAAAAAGUCAGACAUGAUGUGGAUUUAUUUUGCAUGGGUUGCACUAAGGAGGAGCACGAUUAAAGCAAGUCAAUACUUUGGAGAAAAAAACUCUUAUUUUGCACUCAACUCAUCCAAGCCCUUGUUUAAAACAUGGCUUGGAGAGUCAUGCUUUUAUUUUGUAAAGUUACAUUGUUUGUAUAUUUUGUUUUUUUGUGUCCCUUUAACCACUUUAUGACAUGACAGCAUGUUUAAACGUGUGGUGAGUGUAAUAGGUUUUAGAUUAAACUCAUCAUAGCUCAGCUCGUGAUAUUUUAGUAAAAAAACAACAUUUGACAGUAACUCUUCUUCCUUGGACAGAUUUCAGUGUUAGUGUUGUUGAACUUAAAAUAUAUAAAUAUGACCUGCGUUAUGUUUGGAUAUAUUCUGUUACUCUAUGGAGGGACAUUUUAAAGCUACAAUAGUUACAUUACUUUAAGCAGGGUUUGCACUUUUGACACUAUGUCCUGGGUUUUUUCGUCAUCAUGUGCAACACGAGCCUUAAGAAGGAAACUACUCAGCCCUUCAUUAAGGUGUGAUUAUUUGAUUUCAAAAGAGGAAAACAUUAACAUAUGACUUAUGCUCUUAAGUUAUGUAGAUAUUUGUUCCUUUAACUAUUUAUUUUCAUGUGUGUUCUUGUUCAUAGUUUUGUAAAUAAUUACAGGGUGGGGUUUUAAGUAUUCAUACUACAGUUCUUUUGUAUUUAGUGUGCAUGCAAUGGGGACCCUCUGCUGGUGACUUGAUGUGUUGCUCUCUGCUCAUGCCUGCUUAGUCAUGAAAUAAAACCAAGUACAUUCCUCUGAGAA